GAGUUCACGUCAGGAUCGAGGUCACUCCAACUCGCCGAGCACGACGCGAUGGGCUGUCUACCAUUCUUCUCCAUCGAAACAUGGAUCCUACUCAUCACAUUUAUCUGCUUUUUUAUCAUAUAUAGCUACCGGCCUUAUGGAAUAUUUGAGAAGUUAGGGAUCCCGGGUCCCAAGCCCUACAUUUACUUGGGCACAGUUGGCCGGCACCACAAAGUUUACUACGAGGAUGACGUCCAAAGUGCUAAGAAGUAUGGCAAAGUGUGGGGAAUAUAUGAAUUCAGGAUGCCAAUCCUGGUUGUGAUGGACCCGGAGAUGCUGAAAACCAUCCUGGUGAAAGAGUGCUUCACUUACUUUACCAACCGGAGGAAUCUCGGUUUCAACGGGGAACUCCAUGACACCGUGUCUGCAGUCCUCGACGAUGAAUGGAGGCGGAUCCGUAACAUCCUCACUCGAUCCUUCACCUCGAGACGUAUAAAAGAGAUGUUUAGCAUCAUGACAACUAUUUCCAGCAAACUGACGGCCAGCAUGCAGUCCAAGGCUAAUGAAGUUAUUUCUGUAAAAGACUUCUUCGGCCGGUACACCGUCGACGUGAUGGCGAGCUGUGCGUUCAGCCUGGACGUGGACUCCAUCAACAACCCUUCGAGUCCCGUCCUGGAGCACGCCUCCAAGAUGUUCAGAAUCCCCAUCGUUUUUAUUCUCCAAGGGUUUUUCCCUGUGCUUCGUCUUCUCUUUGAGCGGCUGGGGUUCUCCAUGUUCUCUAAGACCUCCACCGAUUUCUUUAAAAACCUGCUGGAGAAGAUCAGAGCCGAACGCAACGAGAGCUCAACGCAGAAUCCUGGAGAUAUCCUUCAAAAUAUGAUCAAUUCUCAGACUGCUAAUAAACCCAGCAAAGGAAAGCCGAACAAAGGUCUCAGUGAUCACGAGAUCUCAUCUCAAGUCACGAUGAUGAUGUUCGCUGGUUACGAGACCAGCAACAUCACUCUGUCUUUCUUGGCCUAUAACCUGGCAACAAAUCCUGAAGUCAUGAAGCGCCUGCUAGAGGAGAUCGACUCCACCUUCCCGGAUAAGGGGCCCAUCCAGUAUGAAGCUCUGCUGCAGAUGGAGUACCUAGACAGUGUUGUCAAUGAGAGUCUGAGGCUCUACCCUCCGGCUGGACGUCUGGACCGAGUCGCCAAAGAAACGGUGAAGAUCGGUGGCAUCACGAUCCCAAAGGACAUGGUUGUCAUAGUUCCAGUCUACGCCCUUCAGCGCGACCCCGACCUGUGGCCGCAGCCCGAGGAGUUCAGACCGGACCGCUUUAGCAAGCAGAACAAGCCGAGCAUCGAGCCCUACGCCUACAUGCCCUUUGGGGUCGGGCCCAGGAACUGUUUGGGGAUGCGAAUGGCUCUGCUGAUGGUUAAACUGGCCCUGGUGGACAUUCUGCGGAACUACAGCUUCUCCGUCUGCGAGGAGACAGAGAUCCCUCUGGAGAUGGAUCACAAAGGCCUCGUCGGACCCCUGAACCCAAUCAAGCUAAAGCUGGAGACGCGUUGAAGUCCCAGUGGGACUGUGGACGAGUCCCAGUGGGAUGCACCCAGAGAGACGUCUCUCAAGGCUAAGUGUAGUUAUAGUGGCUUAAAUUGAUAAUUAAAUACAUACAUAUACAUUUUCAA